AUGAACCCCCAGCACCCAGCCUCAAAAACAACAACCUACCUCGAUCAACCCCCAAGCUGCCUGCAAUUCUGCCCAGCAUCGCCGAACAACUUUGCCAUAGGAACAUACCUCCUCUCAUCAGAGACAAAACCAAACCAAAGCCCAAAUACCACAGAAGAGGAUGAGAGCUCAGACAAUGAACAGACAGAAACAAUUUGCCAAACAAAAAUUGGCUCGCUGCAGCUGUGGAACUUGGAUCCGGAGACGGACGCACUAACACAACUCUCAAGAUACCCACUGCCCCAUGCAGUCUUUGAUUUGCACUUCCACCCGCGGAUCCCUAACCUGCUAGGAAUCGCCACGAGCGCGGGGACCGUCUCGCUGUUCACAGUCAAUGUCUCUGACUCGGACUCGGACGGGAAGGAUACGGGAUUCACUCAUUUGGCUACUUACUCCGUGCACGAAGACCCCUCUAUUCCAACACUAUUCCUGGCUUGGUUGCCCAAGAGCUGGCUUCCUGGGUUUGGAAGGGAUGGUUUCGCGGUAACAUUCUCAGAUGGACGGACGGGCGUCUUCGGUGUUAAUUCCGGUGCUCUUGUCCAGCGUGGUACUGCUGGUAAUGAGAAUGACGAAGUGACAGAACUCGCUUCAUUCAACGCAAAGCAACCAAUCGAGAUAUGGUUUGUUGCGGCAGCAACAUUCCCUUACCAGAAUCAAGACACCGAGGACAAAACUAGUCGCAGAUCAACCCCCUACCUCUUCACAGGCGACGACUUCGGAACGUUGCAGACUAUCCGCUUCCCAGAUACAGACCCAGCCGCGGACCAAGAAUCAGGCUCAGAAUUAGAUUCUCUCCCGCCACACCUCCUCAACAUAUCUGAUAGAGCCCUCCACCACACCGCUGGCGUAACGUCCAUCCUCCCGCUCCCGAUUCCGCUUGACCAUGCGCUUACGUCUGGGUCCCCGCUACUGCUUACGGGAAGCUACGAUGAAGACUUGCGUGUCUAUCAUGCGGCUGGAAGAGGCAGGGUUGUUGCGGAGGAAGGGUUGGGAGGUGGGGUUUGGCGCUUGGAGUUGCUUGAUACCACCACUACUACAGCCGGAGGGGAGACGUGGACAUUCCUGGUGCUUGCGAGCUGUAUGCAUGGCGGGACGAGGGUUGUUAGGGUUGCUGUUUCUGCUGAAAAUGGAGGGGAGGAUGUGAGUGCUGAGAUUGAGAUUUUGGCGGAGUUUACAGAGCAUGAGAGUAUGAACUACGCCUCGGGUGUUUGGGGGUUGGAUUCUCUGGAUCCGGCUGUUGAAGGGGGCGCUGAGAUCAAGGUCGUGUCGAGUAGUUUUUACGAUAAGAGGGUUUGUGUAUGGAGCGUCAAGGUCUGA